UGUGUGUGUGUGUGUGUGUGUGUACACACACGGGUUGCUCUCCCAAGCGCUGAGUCACAUUCCUUAGCACCAAAAUCCAGAGCAGUUGCCGUGGCGUGCCUCCUUCAGGACUUGGUCAGGACUUGGACAUGCAGGCAUGGCCAUGGCAUCUGGCAGUCACUGUUCUUCCCUGCUGCUGGUUUUCGAGACUGUGGCCCAGGCUGGCUCUUUGAGUGCUGGCCUUUACAGCGAGUACCACCAUGUCUAAUCCUUCUCCUUCUCAAGGACAGUUAUUUUGGGCCAUUCUAUCUCUAGGUACCCCGAGUUCAAAUAAUACGUUUGUAUGAAAUGCUGCCACUCCUUCUAAAGCUGCUUCCCAUUUCAGAUGCGGAACUGCCACCUGGUUCUCAGAGCAGCAAAGCCUUCCAGUUUCAACCACCCUUACCUCCCGGCACACCUCCUCCACUGCCACAGGGAACACCUCCACCUCUCUUCACUCCUCCACUCCCGAAGGGCACCCCACCACUGACUCCCAGUGACUCCCCCCAGCCCCGACCCACAGCUGCAGCCAUGGACGAGGAUGCCCUGACACUGGAGGAGCUGGAAGAACAGCAGAGACAGAUCUGGGCAGCUCUCCAGCAGGCCGAGGGAGGCAACAGCGACUCUGAUGUGCCUGUGGACACACCUUUAACUGGGAACUCAGUAGCCUCCUCCCCUUGUCCAAAUGAGUUUGACCUCUCUGUCCCAGAAGGAAAGGCCCUGGAAAAGCCAGUGCUGCCUGAGCCCCAGGGCCCAACCACUUCCGUAGAGACAGCAGGGCCUGAGCCUCCCUCCAGCCCAGCAGUAGAGGCAGCAGAGCUCUCUCAGAAAGAAGAGGAAGAAGCUGCAGAGGGAGACGCCCAAGAGGCUCUUCUUGACAAUGGCAGUGUGUCAAACUGUGGCAUGAGGAAUGGAGGCAGCCAGAAGCUCCAUCAGGACACCCGGCCCUCAACAGCCUCCAAAGCCCACAGCCUGGUGCCUGACAUGAGCAGGUUUGCCACUGGAAUAGCACCCUUCGAGUUUGAGAACAUGGCAGAGUCUACUGGGAUGUACCUCAGGAUAAGGAACCUGUUGAAGAAUUCACCCCGAAAUCUGCAGAAAAACAAAAAGGCUUCUGAGUGAACGCUUGAGCAGCGCCGGCUGCGUGGUGAUGUGUAGCUCCGCGUUGUUCCAGCAGACUUAGAUGUGAGGCGAAAUCGCUUCCCCUUUGUCCUCCCCACUUCCAGAAUCUGCCCACAGUUUGUGAUCUCAAAAUGAAGACUGGGAGUAUGAGUUUGCUCUGUUUUCUCACUGAUAACAACCUAGGAGGUGUGUACAUGAGCUGGUUCAGACAUGGUUGGUUCGGGUUAUACUAUUUUUGGAUCGUGAGUAUCUGUCAAGAGUGAAGGUUUUUUCGGGUUUUUUGUUUUGUUUUGUUUUUAAAUGUCUUUUGUAAAUUGUUUUCCCUUUCUACAUUUUGCUAUUCUGUAUAUAUAAGCUUAAUAUAUCACUUUUUAAAAGAAAUUCUAACAAUUUUAAAUUCACAUUUCAAUUCCAACAACCAAAUGAGAAAAAUCAGGGAUGAGCAGCUUUAUCCUACUUGGGGUAUUUUUGUAAGAUUUUCAUGCAUGAAUUUUAAUACCACUCUUCCUUUUUGUAAUUUAAUUAUUCAAAUCCAAUAAAGGUGUGCUUACCUUUGUGUA